AUGUUCAAGCUUGAUAAACAGACAGCCGACAUCAAAGAUGCCAUCAAGGAUUUAGACGGGUCAAGGAUCCACACCUCCAAUUUAUCUGGAAAGAGAUGGUAUGUCUUUGUGCAGUCGUGGUCGAAGCGCAUACUUAUCAUCUUCAAGAAAUGGUCAACAAGUGUCAAGACGCUAUACUUCAUCGCAGAACUCCAUGAUUAUUUCACGCACCGUUUCUCCCAGCUGCAUCGCGAAGCUCCACGCCCACAAGUGAUAUCAAGUGUACAUCGUGCUGAGUCUCCUCCAAUCGACCCUGCAGACGAGUGGUGCUUGAAAUAUCUGUCAGUUUUCUACAUUUCAAGUUUAUCCGAAAUCUUCGACGACGACGCAAAUGGCUUGGUCAGCGUAAGGGAAGUUAAUGCCUUUACUUCCGCGAUACUUCCGGGCUUGAGUCUACUUCAAGCACUUGCAUACUGGGCUCCAGGUUGGAGAGUGGAUAGCCAAUAUUACCAUGCACGAAUUGAACAAGUCUUGAACAGCAUGGUUCAUGCGCAAGCAGACGUACUUCCAGUAAACAGGAGGUGUAUCGCCUUGCAUAAAACGGCUCAUGCAGAGCUUAGGCCGGAAGACUCGGACGUAGAUCUCGCGCAAUUGGCUGAUGGAUGUCGCAACGUUCAGGAGAAGGACUUGGUGAAAAGACUUGACACUGUAAAGUAUGAAAUCGACUCCAAAGAGUCCUUCAAACUUUUCGGAUCCGGUCGCAUCGAAGAUUUCUUGCUGCCAGUGCUUUACCUCGUUAUGAAGAGGCACUUACAAAUCAUGAAACUCGCCAGGACAGUCAUUCUGGUGGAUAGAGAGCUUGAAUGUGAAACUCAAACCAUAGCCAAUAUAUUGGAAGCGGUGGAUCUGCGUGUUGAAGAACUGGCAGCAGAAUCGUUUCGCCAUCAGGGAACUGAUCCAAAAGCGAGGUUCACGUGGUAUGCACAGGGCUUGUACAACUUUUGGUACAGCCCAGAACUAACCCCAGACGACGCUGAAUAUUGCGAAGCCCAUAAUUUUGGGCUUGACGACACUGAGCUGGAGAUUGAUACGACCGCGUUGAAACUCGGUCUCUUCAGUCUGACAGAGGACCAGGAAUUGUUAGAAAGACCUGUGAAGCUCGUCGCAUCUACCCAAGGCAGCAGCCUGAAGAUUCGUACCCUUUCGAAACGCCAUCUUAUCUAUCGCGAGGAACAACAAAGGUUCAAAUCCCUGUCCAAAGGGCUGCCUGAAUCAGAUGUUCAACGCUGGAGUUCAUUAGCUGAACUUGAGAUGCGCAAACGAUUGUUUGAGUGUUGCUGCGAUGCAUGUCACGCCCUUAUUACUGAUGUAUAUCACCGUUGUAUAGACUGCGAGGAUGACGGAUAUGAUUUGUGUUUAGAAUGCGAAUCUUUGCCGGUUUCAAAACACAAAUAUCCAUCGGACCACAAGGCGACGCGCAACUUGCUUGUUUUCCGCAUGGUGCUCCCUUAUGGUCGCUGCGGUCGGGUUCGAUGGUAUGCCAGGAAUUUCCUAUCUACUAUCUUGCCCAUCACAACACCGUCGGAAGACAUAUGCCAAACGCAAUCAGAUGGACCUGAACUUCCGCAUCCGACAGAAGCCACUCGAGCAGAUGAUUCUUCCACCUGUGUCGAUUUGCGGGAAGGUGAUGAGAAACUAAAUGGGAACACGGGAGUAGCACUCGAGAGGAUACUUGGAACCUCAGCCGCGAAUGAGGAUGCCUACUCUUGUGAUGAAUGCGGCGUUAAGAUGAUUCAUGAAAGGCAUUUUUUAUGUAUGCUUUACUUGCGGAGCUUAACAAUUAUCACAGAAAACAAUUCCCCCAUUGCCCUAUGCAGUGAUUGUGCAUUUCACGAUGUGUUUGACGUGGUUACAGAUCACCACCCUUACAAACACUGGCUGGUCAAGAUUAAAGACCGGGUUCAAGAUACAGGCAUCGGAGCAUCAGACGAACCUUUGGCUAACGUCGACGAGACUACUUCGCUUUCCUUACGAGACGAUAAGUUGGCUGCGAUGGUGGAAUCUCGCUUCGUAGAACAGGAUCGCCGACUUAGUGCACUUGUGACACAGGUCGAACAGCUCGUGCAUAACAUAGCUGCGUUGACGGGAAAAGCGGAGCUUUCUUCUGAAUCGGUCACUGUUUGA